AUGCUCAAUGGCAAACUGGUGAAGAUAGAAACACUAGCCGAUCGCCUCCGCGUGGCGUGCACUCUAGAACCCAAGCUCACCCUCUUGGAACAAAACUGUAGCAUGCUCGAUCGUAUGACCAAAGACACGCGUAAGAAGAUCGAGGCGCAGGAGAACAAACUCAACAUCCACAACCCAGACAUCUUCCAAGCCCUCCGCGACGCCAGCACGGCUGACCGAGCAAGCAUGCGCCAGAUACUUGGAGAAGUCAAGCAGGUGAGUAGGUUACAGGCACGCAACAUGUGGGCUAGCUGGCGGCUGCAAGCGGAGACUCGAGUGGCUGCGAUGUUGGGAGAGAAGGCUCGUGUGGUGGGUGCGGAGAUGAGUGCGUGGGGACCGGAGACGCGUGAGAGGAUAGCGGGGAUUAGGACGAAGCUGAAGA